AUGCCUCCUCCACAACAGGUAGCCACUGCCAACCCCAGUCACGGGGUUGAAGCAACUUCAAAGGUGCAUCAAGCAACUGCAGCUACCCCUGCCGUUUCAUUCACGCCUACUGACGUAAACAUCCCCUCCAGGUUAUACGACAAGAUCCCAAACCUAGAUCUCUACAAAAAGCUUCAAGAUGCUGAAAAGGAGCUCGACCUACUCAUCGCCCAAAAAGGAUUGGACUACCAGUCUGUGCAAACCGAAACAGCCCAGCAGCUCAAUCAAAAAGGCGAGACAGGCGUGUUACGCGUAUUUAUCUACAACACAUGUGAGAAUAUGCCUUGGCAGAGGAAGUCUGGCGCUGAUAUGAGUCAAGAAGCCACCUGGACUUUGAAGGUUGAGGGACGCUUCAUCCCGGAGAAGAACAACAGCAAGGCUGCCGAAAUGAAAUUCUCUUCCUUCGUAUCUGGAAUCUCGAUAGAAUUAGUCCCCAACGGAGACUACCCCAACUUACAAAACAAUAAGAGUAACAUAAUAGAGUGGAAAGAACCCAAGACUGGCGCGCCCACUAAUGGUGCCAUGCCAACGAGCUUCGAUGGCAUUGAUAUCAAGCGCCCAGGUGUUUUCAACCUCAACCUGAAGAUCGCCAUCUUGGUAAAAGAUUUUUCAAACAAGUUUUUGUUAUCUCCCCAAAUGGCACAAUUCACUGGUAAAAGAGAGGCUGCACAACAGGAUGUUGUAUUCCAGAUUUGGCAGUACGUGAUUUUCAAGAACUUGUUCUACAAGCCGGAAACCCUAACAAACGUACCUGCUGUAUCUGCUUCAAGCAUUGCGGAUUCGUCUUUGAACAUGCAGGGCAAGGACAAGAAUGACUUGUCAACGAUCAGAUGUGAUGCCACCCUCAAAGAGCUCUUGGAGGUUGACUGUUUCAAGUUCAGAGACUUGUACAAAUUAAUUCAACCUCAUUUGAGACCCCGUGAACCCAUAAUCAUUGACUAUGAGGUAAUCACAACUAAAUCUACUACACUAGGUGAUGUGGUGCUUGAUAUUCCUAUCGACUUACCCGCUUUAAUGAGCACUUCAUACAAGGACCUAGUCUCUGAAAACAAGACUACAUUCGAGAUAAUGACAAAGUCUGAUGAGCAAAUUCAGUUUUUGAAUCUGAGAAUUUCACUCGGCAUAAGCGCGUUGCAGAGCGUUAAUGCGCGUGAACUUUUCUACCGUGACCUCAGCGAAGACCCUGUCAAGUUCUUGCGGGCAUGGUUGGAAAGUCAAGCAGAGACUCUCAAAGCUUUGAGAAGCGAGGAUGGCUACAAUGAAGAGACAGUAAGACGUGCUGAAUUCUUCAAGCAGAACGAGGAGCUCUUGAAGCAGAAGAUCGAUCUCAUGUUGGGAGCACAAAAAAUGUAG